UUUCAAGCCUCUCGUUAGUUUAGGAAGAGAAAAGGAUCGAAGGAAAACCAUAAAGCUAAACACACUUUCGUUCCUCUUCCUGUUCCGAUUCCUAAUCUCCUUUUUUUCUGUGCCCUAGAUUUUCUCCACCUUACCCUACCUCUUUCCAAUCCAUUCGAUCCUUUCUCCCAUCCUUCUAGGGUUCACCCAUGGAUUCUGAAGAUGAUAUGCACGAUGCCAACGAUCUCGACUCUCUCGAUGACGAUUUCUACAGUGGCGAAACCGAAGAUGCUCCCAUGGAUUACUACACCGACUACGAUGACGAUGCUGAUGAUUACUUUGAUGAUGGCGAUGAUUCUGACCCCGCCGACUCUCGCAGACCCGAGCAAAAUUUCACCAUAUUGAAAGAAUCAGAUAUCCGGCAACGGCAGGAAGAUGAUAUCAGUAGAGUAGCAGCUGUUCUUUCUAUACCGCGAGUUGCUGCAAGUAUCUUACUUCGUCAUUAUAAUUGGAGUGUUAGUAAAGUUAAUGAUGCUUGGUUUGCUGAUGAAGAGCAGGUUAGAAAAACAGUUGGUUUGUUGGAGAAGAAAGUUUAUGAAAAUCCUGAUGCCAACGAGCUUACUUGCGGCAUCUGUUUUGAAGUUUAUCCUCCUUCUAAGAUCCAAACUGCUUCUUGUGGCCAUCCAUAUUGCUUUUCAUGCUGGGGAGGAUAUAUUGGAACUUCAAUUAACGAUGGUCCAGGAUGUUUGAUGCUAAGAUGUCCUGAUCCCUCUUGUGGUGCUGCUGUUGAUCAAGAUAUGAUUAAUCUUUUAGUAUCUGCUGAAGAUAAAGAGAAGUAUGACCGUUACCUUCUUAGAUCUUACAUUGAAGACAAUAAGAAGACCAAGUGGUGUCCUGCUCCUGGUUGCGAGCAUGCAGUUAAUUUCGAUGCUGGCAGUGGAAGUUAUGAUGUAUCUUGCCUCUGUUCAUAUAGCUUUUGCUGGAAUUGCACUGAGGAGGCUCAUCGUCCAGUGGAUUGUGGCACUGUGUCAAAGUGGAUUUUGAAGAACAGUGCAGAAUCUGAAAACAUGAACUGGAUACUUGCUAACUCAAAGCCGUGUCCCAAGUGCAAGAGACCAAUUGAAAAAAACCAAGGGUGCAUGCAUAUGACAUGUACUCCACCUUGUAAAUUUGAAUUUUGCUGGCUAUGCCUUGGUGCAUGGACAGACCAUGGUGAAAGGACUGGCGGCUUCUAUGCUUGCAAUCGUUAUGAAGCAGCUAAACAAGAAGGGGUGUAUGAUGAAACUGAAAAAAGAAGAGAAAUGGCAAAGAAUUCAUUGGAGAGGUACACACAUUAUUAUGAGCGGUGGGCUAGCAACCAAUCUUCAAGGCAAAAAGCUCUUGCUGAUCUACACCAGAUGCAAACUAUUAAUAUUGAGAAGCUCAGUGAUACACAGUGCCAACCUGAAUCACAGCUUAAGUUCAUAACUGAGGCCUGGUUACAGAUAGUUGAGUGCAGGCGGGUAUUGAAGUGGACAUAUGCAUAUGGUUUCUAUUUAGCAGAGCAUGAACAGGGGAAAAAGCAGUUCUUUGAGUACUUGCAAGGUGAGGCAGAAUCAGGUUUAGAGAGACUUCAUCAAUGUGCCGAAAAGGAACUCCAAGUAUUCCUCAAUGGUGAUGGCCCAUCUAAAGAUUUCAAUGAUUUUCGCACAAAGCUAGCUGGAUUGACCAGUGUGACUAGAAACUACUUUGAGAAUUUGGUUCGGGCAUUAGAGAAUGGUUUAUGUGAUGUGGAUAGCAAUGGAGCUGCUUCCAGUAAAGCAACGGGUUCAAAAAAUGCUGCAGGGAGUAGCAAGGGAAGAGGCGGAAGAGGAAAGGGGACGAUUCGAGCUAGCAUGUCCAGCAGAAUUACUGAUGAUAAUCAUUGGUCUUGUGAGCAAUGUACCUAUGCCAAUGUUAGAUCUGCCACUGCAUGCCAGAUGUGCAAUCAGCCGCGUCGAUGAAAAUCCAUUAGAAACACACGUCUUCUGCUCAAAGGCCAACACACCAAAAAAGCUGAAAUGGAGUCUGUAAUCUUAGUUAUGUGCUGGUUUUUUUUGUAAGGCCAUAUAAUAUAAACAGGACGAAGGGGUAAGAGUCACGGAAGAAAUGUUAUCCUCUUUGCAACUCCUAUUGAGUAUAAUCCGAAUUUGAUGUACAUAGUGUUUUCUCUCUUUAAAUUUACAUAUUGGUUUUAUGCAACAGGCUUCUGUAACUGAGCAUCUUAUAUAGCACACGCUGUAGAUGAACCCCGACAUGUUUGCUCGGGACCUGAUUUCUUCUAGUGAAUUUACCUGCAUCUUCUUUUA